ACAUGACUCAGUCAAAAUGGCGUCGGGGCAACAGUGGGUGUUGGUGGAGAUGGUGCAAGCUUUCUACGAGGCACCAGCAUAUCAUUUGAUUUUAGAAGGUAUUCUGAUUUUAUGGAUUAUCAGGCUGCUGUUUUCCAAAACAUAUAAACUUCAGGAGAGAUCGGACCUCACAGAAAAGGAGAAAGAGGAGUUAAUUGAGGAGUGGCAGCCUGAGCCGCUGGUGUCUCCCGUAUCCAAAGAUCACCCUUCCCUUCACUACGAUGUGGUCACAGGCCCUCCAAGCCACAAAAUCAUCGUAAAUGGGAAAGAGUGCAUUAACUUCGCCUCAUUUAACUUCUUGGGUCUGCUGGACAACGAGCGUGUGAAGUUGAAGGCACUGACGUCACUAAAAAAAUACGGCGUGGGAACGUGUGGACCGAGAGGAUUCUAUGGGACCUUCGAUGUUCAUCUGGAGUUGGAAGAGCGCUUGGCAAAGUUCAUGAGAACAGAGGAGGCCAUCAUCUACUCGUAUGGCUUCGCCACCAUCGCCAGUGCCAUUCCAGCGUACUCCAAGAGAGGAGACAUCAUCUUUGUCGACGAGGCGGCGUGUUUCUCCAUCCAGAAAGGCCUCCAGGCUUCACGCAGCUUCAUCAAAUACUUCAGACACAACGAUAUGGAGGACCUCGAGCGCCUUCUGAAGGAGCAAGAGAUUGAAGAUCAGAAGAAUCCACGUAAGGCGAGAGUAAUCCGACGGUUCAUUUUAGUCGAGGGUCUCUAUAUCAACACUGCAGAUAUCUGCCCACUGCCUGAACUGGUAAAACUGAAGUACAAAUAUAAAGUACGGAUCUUUUUGGAGGAGAGCAUGUCUUUCGGGGUGCUUGGAGAACAUGGAAGAGGAGUCACAGAGCAUUUUGGGGUCAACAUUGAUGAUAUUGACCUCAUAAGUGCCAACAUGGAGAAUGCGUUGGCAUCCAUCGGAGGUUUCUGCUGUGGACGGUCAUUCGUGAUUGAUCAUCAGCGUCUGUCAGGCCAGGGUUACUGUUUCUCCGCGUCUCUUCCACCCAUGCUGGCCGCCGCUGCUAUCGAAGGCCUGAACAUCAUGGAGGAAGAUCCAGGCAUUUUCAGGGUUCUGCGGGAGAAGUGCCAACACGUCCACGAAGCUCUGCAAGGGACUCCAGGACUGAAGCUGGUGGGAGAGACGUUCGCUCCGGCUCUGCAUCUACAGCUGGAAAACAGCACGGGAUCCAGAGCAAACGACCUGAAGCUGCUCCGAACCAUCGUCGAUUACAGUUUGGAGAGACAGAUCGCGCUCACUUUGGCUCGAUACCUGGACAAAGAAGAGCGAUUCCUGCCACCGCCAAGCAUUAGAGUCGUCGUCACCGUCGAGCAGACGCCGGAGGACAUCCAGAAAGCAGCGGCAUGCAUCCGAGAAGCCGCCGUGAACCUGCGGAAAUGACCACACGUCCAUCAGAGACGCGGGAGAGAGAGUCACGGCUCGAUGACCUUUGACCCCGAAGACCUCAGCAACACACUGAGCGAACCUGUUUGUAUUAUAUUUAUGUUGGUGUACAGAUACUGUGGAUCAUUUGAGUCUUUAUUUCACGUUGAAAUAAAUGCAGAGCUGGUUCUUCA